AUGGCUUCUGCAACUUUCUCAAUCACCCUCCCUCACACAGUUCCAAUUCCAAAGCACUACACACAAAGGCUAACCGAUCAUCACCGACUUGCUCUGCGUUCGUUUUCACCGUCUCGUCGGCGACAUUUUUGUCUUAAAUCCAAGGGCUCAAGCUCAACUACCUACAUAUCAGGCCCAGGUGCUGAUGUAAUAAUCUCCGAGAACGAUCCAGAGUUUCAAGACUCGGAAUCGGAAUCGGAAUCGCAGCAGUCGACGAAUUUGAUAAGUUGGGGUCUAAUAUGGAGUCUUGUAGCUCGCCACAAGUUGAGACUUGCGGCUUCGGUUAUCACUCUCGUCGGUUGCACCACUUGCAUUCUCACCUUGCCCUUGUACAUUGGGAGAUAUUUCGAAGUACUUACAGGAGUGAGACCUGAACCUCUAUGGAAGGUGCUCAGUAAGAUGGGACUUCUGUAUACAUUGGAGCCAAUUUUCACGAUUAUUUUCGUUUCAAACAUGAACACCAUAUGGGAGAAGGUUAUGUUAAGCUUAAGAGCUCAGAUAUUUCGAAGGGUAUUGAUUCAGAAGGUGGAGUUUUUUGACCGAUACAAGGUUGGUGAACUCACUGCUUUAUUGACAUCAGAGUUGGGUUCACUUAAAAAUAUUGUGAGUGAAAACACUUCCAGGGACCGUGGUUUCAGGGCACUAUCUGAGGCAAGCUAUUCUACACUAAGCAGAAGUGAGCUUUAUGUUUCCAUUUUUUUAACUUUUCUUUUGAUGAGAAAAGUGGUUGGGACAAUAAGCUUGCUGUUUGUGCUGUCGCCCCCACUCGCACCAAUUCUGUGCCUUCUUACACUUACUGUGUCUGUUUUAGUUGGUAAUCAUCUCUUUGAAAGAAGCCACUUACUAUCUGUGUACAAGCGGUCAACUGUGAGUGUAUAUAAAGCGCAUGGAUUGUCCCAAGCUUCUAUCGCCGAUUGUGUAAAUGAAACUUUUUCUGCUAUUCGUACUGUAAGUUCUUAG